CGUGUCUCAGCAUGUGCCGCCAAACGUGAUGUAAACAAGCGCGGCGGCCAUACUUGCCAACAUGCGCCCGUGGAACCUUCCUCUGGCGCUCCUCGCCGCCCUCCUCUCCUCCACCGUCUCUUACACGCUGCGGGGCUCGGUGUCUUGGGUGGUCGACUCCAGCGAUGUGGUGGAGGACUCGUCCGAGGAGGUCGCCCCGGCCCUGUUGGUGGACGGAGGCGGCUUAUGGAAGCAGGCGUACCGCUCCUCCUCCAGCGUCCUCCGCGAGAGUGCGGAAAGUCCGGCGGAGCGUGUGGAAGAGGAAAACAACGACGUGACUCAGCUGUCUUCUCGCCUGUUCUCCUAUCGUUUGGAGAAGGUCAAGUCCAGAGCCGGAGGCGGUGACCCUCCCCCGCACCAGGAGCUCGCCAGGACCGCCAGAUACAUCGCCCACAACAGUGACUGGGGACACCUGUCCACCAUCUCCACCCAGGAUACGAUCAAAGGCAUUCCCUUUGGAAACAUCUUCUCGGUCAGUGAUGGCCCCCUGGACAACAGCACCGGCGUCCUCUACUUUUACAUGACGCCGAUGGACAACAGCGUGGCUGAUCUGAAGAGCAACCCUCACGCUUCGCUCACAUUCUCGGAGGCUGAAGGUGAAUUCUGCAGGAAAAAGAGGUACGACCCUGAGGACCCCAGAUGUGCUCGACUGACUCUAACUGGGAAGAUGGUGGAGGUCCCUCUGCAGGAGCUGGCAUUUGCUAAAGAAGCAAUGUUCUCCAGACAUCCUGACAUGGUAAACUGGCCCGUCGGACACAAGUGGUUCUUCAUGAAGCUGGAUCUGAUCCAGGUCUGGCUGCAGGACUGGACUGGUGGUACGACUGUUGUUCCUCUGGAGGAGUACUUUAGAGCGACGCCAUUCUGAGGGACACAACGUUAAGUGCCUGAGAGCAACGAGACCGUGAGAGGAGCGUCCGAAUGGGUCACAGGAGGUCGUUUCACUUGAAUGUAUUCACAGAACCUUGAAGCUUUUGAAUGACUGAAGUCACAUCUGGCAUGUAAUUAUUUGCUUAAAAGUGUGUGAAUAAACGGUCGCAUUCAACCGGCCUUGCUUGUGAUUGUAAGCAGAAUAACAUUAAUCUUUCGAAUUUACACGCUGGUGACGCUGAAGAGUUGUUUUAAUUUCACCAUGCGCCCACUAGAUGGCGUAAUUUCUGCGGGUUGUGGCAGCAAGCCGUUGAUGUCGAGUUGCGCAAGCUCCUGAUCAGGAGCUGAAGAUGGUGGUUGUAGAUUCGAAUACGAUGGCGAAUGACAAUAUUAUAAGAUGAUGAUGAUCCAAUAUUCUCAUAAGAAAUCUGAAAAAUAUGGCUCAUUGGUUGCUAUUUUAACUUAUUCUUGUUUUUUCCUCACCUUCUUACAUGCUCCUUAAAUUAUUAUAUUAUUUUUUCCCCCAUUAAUGCAGGAUUAUUUACACUUUUUCUUUUCU